AUGCCUAGAGCAUCACACUUAUCUAAAGUCUUAAGUAAUAACAUCCCGAAAAGCAAAAAAAAGACUAUCGCCAUGCCUUAUUACGCAGUUGCAAAAGGUUCUAAGACCGGAGUUUAUACCAAUUGGAAUGAUUGUAAAGAACAAGUUAAUGGUUAUAGUGGAGCCAGCUUCAAGAAAUUCAGCACGGCAUCUGAAGCUAGUGCUUUUGUAAAUGGUGGUGGAUCUGGUAUUUCCUCCAGUAGUAGUUCCUCCCGUGGUGGAUCAAGCAAUAGUAGUAGCUCAUCGAGUGGUAGUUCAAGUUAUGGUGGCAACUCAUCAUCCCAUAGUGGGUCAAGCUACUACAACAGUGGGUCAAGCUACUACAAUAGUGGGUCAAGCUACUACAAUAGUGGGUCAAGCUACUACGAUAGUGGAUCAAGCCACUACGGUGGUAGUACUGGGUCGUCAUAUUAUGGAUCUUCGACCGUUUCAAACGCAAAUACGAGUAAAGUUUCCAAGCCUUCAAAACCUGCGGCACAGAAAGUAUAUGUCGAUGGUGCAUCUAGAGGAAAUGGAAGACACGCCCAUCCUGCAUCUGGAUAUGGUGUGUAUUAUGGACCAGGAGAUUCUCGUAAUGCUGCAGUUCCUUUAAAUGAGGUUGAUCCUCCCUAUAUUAAACCAACCAAUCAACGUGCCGAAUUGCAUGCUGCAAAGCAUGCACUUAAGGAUAUUCAUACUCAUUUGACAUCAGGGAAAGCUACUGGACCAACCCAAAUUCAUUCCGAUUCUAAAUAUGUAGUCAAAAGUCUUAAUGAUUGGUCGGACAAUUGGAAAUCUAAUGGAUGGAAAUCUACAACUGGUCGUCCUUUGGCCAAUUCUGAUUUGAUUCAAGAAGCCGUGGCUUUGAAAGAUAAAAUCAAUGAUAUCUAUAAAGAGAAGAAUUGGGGAAAUGUUGAACUUGUUCAUGUUAAGGGUCAUGCUGGUGAUGAAGGAAAUGAGGCUGCCGAUAGAUUAGCUAAUCUAGGUGCCGAUAAAAUGAAAGGAAGAAAGUGA